CUUUGGGUUUCAACUUGGAGUUUCCAUGUCUAAUAAUAUUCCAGCCCCAAGGCCCACCAUCAGCCGACGUCGCGACCACUUGUUUUGCUCGACACCUUGACACAUCUUGUAUCUUCCAUCUUCCGUCGAACAACUGCUCCAUCUCUACGAUGAGUCACGACGAAGCUGUCAAAGAGGCCUCGGCCAAGCACACCACUCCAGCUGAAUUGGUGGGCAAGUUCCAGUAUGGCACUGCCGGUUUCCGCAUGAAGGCCAAGAUCCUGGACUCGGUCGUCUACCGUGUUGGACUCCUGGCCUCGUUGCGCUCGCGCAAGCUCAAUGGCCAGACAAUCGGUGUUAUGAUCACUGCUAGUCACAACCCUCCCGAGGACAACGGUGUCAAGCUUGUCGACCCUAUGGGGGAGAUGCUCGAGGCUGCAUGGGAAAAGUACGCCACUCAACUCGCCAAUGCCGACUCCGACGACCAUCUCGUACACGUCUACAACGAGCUUGUCAAGACUUUCAAGAUCAACUUGGACGCUCCUGCAAGAGUCAUCUUUGCCCGCGACACUCGUGCUUCCGGUUCCCGUCUGGUAGAAUGCCUCAACGACGCCUUGACCGCCACAAAAACUGAGGUCACCGACUACCGUAUCCUUACUACUCCUCAACUACACUACUUGGUCCGCUGUGUCAACACAAAGGGGACUCAGGACGAGUACGGCGAGGUCAGCGAGAAGGGCUACUACGAGAAGUUGGCUGCUGCCUUCAAGCAAGCCAUGGAGCACACAAAACCUCAGGGUCACUUGACUGUUGACUGCGCAAACGGUGUCGGAGGUCCCAAACUGCGUGAAUUGCUCAAGUAUCUUCCGUCUCCUGCUGAUGGAGGUCUUGACGUCAAGGUCGUCAAUGAUGACGUCCACAAGCCCGAAAGCUUGAACCACCAGUGUGGCGCCGACUUUGUCAAGACUGGCCAGCGUGCACCUCCCUCAUCCAAGGCCGGUCCUGGAGAUCGCUGCUGCUCGCUGGACGGUGACGCGGAUCGCAUUGUCUUCUACUUCCAAGAUGAGAAGAAUGUCUUCAGACUCUUGGAUGGCGAUCGUAUUGCCACUCUUGCUGCAUCCUUCAUUGCCGAGCUGGCUCGUCAAUCUGGCUUGAUGGACAAGCUUACAGUCGGUGUUGUGCAAACCGCAUAUGCCAACGGUGCCUCAACAACAUAUAUCCAGAAGAACCUUGGUCUUCAAAUAGUCUGCACACCUACCGGUGUCAAGCACUUGCAUCACGCCGCUACUCGCUUCGACGUCGGUGUGUACUUUGAAGCCAACGGCCACGGAACCGUCGUCUUUUCUCCCUCGGCUCUCAAGUCUAUUCACACUCACCAACCUCAAUCACCCGCUCAGGCUGAUGCUCUCACAACUCUCAUCGCUCUAACAGACUUGAUCAACCAGACAGUUGGUGAUGCUUUGUCAGAUCUCUUGCUCGUCGAGGUCAUUCUUGCACACAAGGGUUUCAGCUGUGCCGAGUGGCUACAGACAUACACCGACCUCCCCAACCGUCUCGUCCGCGUCGAAGUCGCAGACCGCAACCUCUUCACGACAGUCGAAGGUACCGCCGAACGUCAACUCGCAACUCCCGCAGGUGCUCAAAAGGACAUUGAGAAGAUUGUUGCCAAGUACAAGGACGGAAGAAGUUUCGCUCGUGCUUCGGGUACUGAAGACGCUGUUCGCGUAUAUGCUGAAGCUAGCACACGCGCCGAAGCUGAAGAUUUAGCCGCAGCUGUUGCACAGAUUGUUAGAAAAUAUGGCGCCAAGUAGAGAUUGCGUUAUUGGCAUGAAGCUGGAGACUACUAAUGAAAGGGAGGGCGGAAAAUGCAUGCAUCGGAUACAAAGGGGUCUCUGGCGUUGAAUAAUCUGCUUUUUCUUUCGUUCAAUGAACCAUCUCUAUGAUUUGUUCUUCUUAGUCAAGAUAUGGUGCGUGGAUGACUGAAGCCUCGAGCUUCAUUGUCGAUCAAUACAGUGUAGCCACCACCAAGCCACUUGAGAGCUGUUGCAUGUCGACCGAUGUAAAGAUGUAAAGAUGUAAAUCGCGAUAGAUGUGUGUCAAGAAGAGCGAGAUACAAGCAAGCAUUUACGAAAGUGAAUAAGUCA